UACUUUCUUCUUUCUGGAUUAGGAAGAGCAUGCCAGAGAUUUAAAUAGAACAAGAGAAUGAUGUACAUACGAAUCAGUGGAUAAGGAGGGGAGUGGCCACGGCUGAGUCGUGUCUGUGAGUCGUCCGGAUUGAGUUUUGAAUCGAGAUGCGAAAUCGUCAAGAUUCUAAACUGGCUCAAAUGGGUAUCAUAGACAGAUAUUUUCCAGGAUCACCUCCGGGAAUCGUCAGGUGUUUCCAGAUGCUGAUAGCCCUGUGUGCUCUGAUAGCAGUCCAGUCGAAUGGAUCCUGUUGGUAUUCCUUCCAUACCAGAUUUCGUGUUGUUACUUCAGUUACAAUCGCCGCCUUUCUUUUAGCUUUAAUUAUCUACACCUUAUUUUUGUAUCGAGUAAAUAAUUGGCUUAGCAAGUUUAUGAAUGUAACCCUAACGUUAUUAGUUGCCGAUGCGAUCAUCGCUUUUCUGUUUUUUAUGUCUUCUGUAUUAUGCUUCACUGCCGAAUGCGAAUUAUCGAGGCCCAACGCUGCUGUGAAACUCACAGCCAUAUUCGGAUUAAUGGGAAUUCUGGGAUUUUCGGCCACGGUCUACAUGGAGUAUUGUUGGUAUAAGAAUUCCAUAGCCACUUCCGAAGAGACCAAUACCGAAACAUAAUUUUUUGUACGAUAAUGCCCCUUUCAAAUAUAUAAUAAUAAUAUUAAAA